AUGUGUUUUACUCCGCGCCAUGCGUACCGACGAUGUGACAAGCAAGUGUCGCCUAUAGAUUGGGGUGACGACAGCGUCGAAAAAGCCGAGCAAGAGUGCAGUGAUGCUCGAUUCAUCUCUGUUCCCAACGGAAUGGCCAGGCACGAUGAUAGGCCAUCCCGGUAUUGGGCCGAACACGACCCGAGAUCUGGAAACCGUCACACAUGGCACCCGGCAGAAAUUCGAGACUUUUGCGAGCACAUUCCGGUCCUUCCAACGUCUACCGGACAACGCCGCCGACAGAGUACCUCUGCUAUUCGUAAACUAGACGCUCCUACUUCUUCUGUUUAUCAAAACUCGUCGUUAGAAAUCUCCUUCGUUGCAUCGGCGAUGGACCAGGCAAUAGCAGCUUCGCAGCCAGGGUCCCAAGGAGUUCUCUUCAAGUCCGCCGCGCUGUUCCUGAGCGGGAGAUGA